AGAGUUGGCAGUCUCUUCGUUUAAAACUACCGGUUCCAAAUGGUUGCUUCCAGUGAGCGAUUUUGUUGGAUUUCCGUUGGACCAGAUGGGUAGAGACUACCAUCCUAGACUCCACUGCAAGCUGGUUCAACCGUUGAGGUGUCAGAACAGAGAAGAGUUUCGACUGUGUGGUUGGGGAACUGCCCCGAAGGGGUGGGACAGCCAGGAGCCCAGAAGUGGCCGAACAAAGAGCCCGGGUGAACUUCUUGGCGUGUCAGGUGUUCGCCCUGUGUGCAGCGUUCUGCUUCCGUCUCUACCUCGGCCCCCGGGACACCAGCCCCCUGCUUCGCCAUGCGGUCGCCAUCCUCUUCGGCCUGUCCUUCAUUACAUUCUGCUUUGGCUGGUAUGCUGUCCAUAUUACCCUGUUGGUGAUGGUGUGUUACUGGAUCCUGGUCAUAGCCGACACCCGCAACAUCCACAGGUACACUAUGACCGUGGCCAUCAGCUACCUCACGGCCUGUCAAGUUAGCAGAGUGUUCAUAUAUAGCUAUGGGAUCCUGUCAACAGACUUCUCUGGGCCGCUGAUGAUCAUUACCCAGAAAACCACUAUGUUAGCGUUUCAAGUGCAUGAUGGUAUGUCAAAAAAAUCGGAGGACCUCACAGCAGAUCAGAAGCGUCUCUCUGUUACCUCCAAGCCGUCAUUGAUAGAAUACCUCAGCUACAACCUGAACUUCCUCAGUGUCCUGGUGGGUCCAUGCAGCCACUACAACGACUACAUCGACUUCAUAGAGGGACGACACGUUCAGCGAAGGCUGGGGAAACCGCCCGGGACCAACGCUGGCCGCAGUGGCCCUGAUGAAGUCCCUGAACCUUCCCCCAUGGCCGCUGUCACACGUAAACUGGUCAUAUGUGUUGUGUGCAUGGUUUUGUUCCUGACCCUCACCAAAGCCUUCCCUAUCACCUAUAACGUGGACAGCCGUUUUGUCAGUGAGGCACCUUUCCUUACCAGGCUGUCGUACGCCUUCUUCUCCAUUCAAGCUGCACGACCCAAGUUCUACUUCGCAUGGACUUUAGCUGAUGCCAUCAACAAUGCAGCGGGAUAUGGGGUUAAAGGUGCUGAUGAAACGGGACGCGUUUCCUGGGAUCUCAUCUCAAACCUCAACAUCUGGGGCAUUGAGACGGCAACAAGUUUCAAGAAGUUCAUAGACAACUGGAACAUCCAGACCGGUGUUUGGCUGAAAACGGUGUGCUACGACCGGGCUCCCCGCUACCGAACAGCUCUGACCUUCGUCUUGUCUGCACUGUGGCACGGGGUUUACCCGGGAUAUUACUUCACCUUCAUCACUGCUAUACCCAUCACUAUGGCAGCCAGAGGUGUUCGUAGGAACCUCCGUCCCCAUUUCCUGUCCUCUCAUCUCAUGAAGCUGGGCUACGACGUGCUAACCUGGGCAGCCACUCAGCUGUGUGUUUGCUACACUGUCAUGCCCUUCCUACUGCUGGCAGUGGAGCCCACCAUUGACUACUACAGGUCGAUGUACUUUCACGUCCACAUCAUCAGCAUUCUGACUGCAAUCGCACUGAGCCGGGGACGCCAGCACGGAGACGGCGCUAGCUGUAGCAGCAGUAACGGCACCAGGCCCCCUUCCCUCCAGGAGCACCCCCCGCCCUCCAACAACAACUUGAAGGGAAACUAAAGCGUUCCUCUGCGGGGGGGGAUCCAGGGAGAUGCAUGGGCUCUGUGGGGUGGGGUGGGGGGGUUGCAGACAAAGGGGCCUCUGUGUGGCCACAACAAGAGAGCAGGCCUCGGCAGGGGGCUGGAGUCCACUGGCUGGCCGGGGCUAAACUCCACAACCUGCCAGUCCUAUGGUCCUCCCAAAAGUGUGCCCCCUCCCCUCAUGGAACUGAAAGGUAAAGACUGGCUUAGGAACCUCGCCGUAGCUCAUGACAACACCAACCUGACGGGGGCAUUGCACAAAUGAGAAGGUAACCUUCAGGGGAGAGGAGAAAGGCGUGACAACCUUCAGAGGCCCAACCGAGGAGAGCUCUGACCCGAGUUAAAGCUCCCAGGUCAUAGAGUUAGAUGUGGCUGGUCCAUUUCUUUUAAUCUGUUCAGUAGAAAGGAUUUCUCUAAAACAAUCUCAAAACCUUGAAGUGUGCUUAAACAAGUGUUAGUGUAAUGAAGCUGUACAGUGUUUCUUUGUUUGUUGGUGCAUUCGUUGUAUGUUCAGAGUGCAGGGAAAGUAUCACACGUCCUGUCUAGAUUCUACUACUGUCCUAGUAGUGCAGUAUGCUGCAUAGGGAAUACGGUGCUAUUUAAAACACAAUUACAACUCUUAUUAGACGUUUAAAACGUUAGAACCUGCACAAUGUAUGGGUCCAACUCUAAUGUUAUUUAAAUGUAUGUAUUUGGUUGGGGUCAUUUAAGCGUUGAAAAGAGCUGAGAAUGUUUACUUAUACUUGUUUGGCUGUAACAAGGGUUGAGAAAAGUGCACAUAUAUUUUGUGCUACAGUUUCAGAUGAAGUUCCUACCGCAACAGUGACAUCUGAGAAAAAGUGACAUCUUUUUCCAGGGAUGUGCAUCGCUUUUCCUGCUUUGAUCGAGGUCCAAGAUUGUUGCUCAACUACUAAUUAUGCUAACUAAAACCUCACAGUCUCUGGACACAUAAAACACACAAGCAGAAGGCUUGACAAGCUCGAAACUGUUCUUUCUACAGUGAAAUGUUAAUCAGGACAUCACAAGCUGUUGAAGAGCUUUCUGAAUAUUUCAUAGACCAUAGAUGGCUUGAAUUUUAUAAUGUUUUAUAACAUGAUUAUUGAAAUUAAUCAGCAAAAAUAAACAGCAAAAAUAAAUAAAAGUUA